GCCGACACUGGCCACAACAUCAACUUUACAAUCUCUUGCAUUUCUUUUCACUUGACUCUCUCAUCUGAAUGGUUCGCAACAUUAUCCUGCGAUUCCCCAUUGUUAGGGCCCUUGUGCCUCGCGUGUCCCGCCCUCUACUUCCCCUUUCAACUCGCUUGCCACCUACUGUCAACGCGCCAUUACGCAGUCCCACCCGACUCUUCCACUCUUCACCGACCCGUUCACAAUCACCUCAUGAUCCAGACUUUCCAAGACUUCCACCCAAUUCAUCCUUAUCGCAGCGGUUGAAGCACCUCAUCAAGUCAUAUGGGUGGUAUGCCCUUGGAGUGUACAUCAUCCUUUCCACUCUCGACUUUACCGUUGCGUUUGCAGCGGUGAACGUACUUGGUGCAGAGCAUGUCUCCCGUGUUGCUGCUUCCGUAAAGGACAUGUUCUAUAACAUGAUCCACUCAAAAGCUCCGGAGCCGGGAAGGGAAGAGAUGGAUAGUGCGGUAUCGCAUUCAAAUGGCCAAGAAGGACUCUAUGCCAUGCUUGUGCUUGCAUACACAAUACACAAGACCUUGUUCUUACCUGUCAGAGUGGGCCUUACCGCGGCUCUCACCCCAAGAUUAGUUGGCUGGCUGAGGUCACGCGGGUGGGCUGGAGGAGCAGGAACGAAGCGAGCUGUGCAGGAGAUGCGCGACAGGAUGAGGGACAGGCGGCAGUAGCUAUCUACUUCAUACCUAGUACAUUCAGGUUCAGGUACGUUCGCAGUGGAAGUGUGGAACCCAAAUCCAGUUGUCAACAUACUCAUGUACCGUAUUUAUCUUCUACAGCACACCUUAAACUAAUAUCUAGUAACUCCGAUUAUCCAUGCAAUCGGACGUGGCGCAAGCGCGUCGGCCUAUAAGGACCGUGCUACCCAGGAAAUACAGUUCAACUUUGGCU